AUGUUGCUGGAUCUCAGUAGGCGUGUAUGCGAAGUGAUGUCCGGUGUUGCUCAUAUCCCGUCCUCUCGGCGCCAGAAUACAUCAAAGGCAGAUCCAUUGAAUCCAAAACAUCUCGUGGAAGCCUACGUCGAUAGCGGUGAAGGCGUAGACAGAGCCUGUGGAUUUGCUAUCCAAGGACUUGGCGGCCUUUUGAUAUGA